CAUACUUUGAUCUAGUUUCAUCCAAAUAUCAUCCAAUUUCAUGAAAAACAGGAUUUUGACUGUUCAUGACCUUGAAGUUUAACACUGCUCAGUGUUCAAAUUCUGAUCUUAAAUUCGCAGUGCAUCUUCUUCGCAAACCACUAUAUGAGAGCAUUUCCAUAUAAAACAUGACAUAAGAAUGACUUUAAAGUCAUUUUUAUUAACAGUAUUAGUGGCACUAAUUAAGGGGAGUUCAUUGUGUUAGUAGGUGUCUAAAGCAUCCCAUCAACCCUCUCUCGAUCAUCCAUUCCUGGAAAAGCUGCAUCACCGGUACAAUGUAGUGCCACCAAACAGAACAACACGACCUUACAUCACCUCGCCUGGCAGACAAAUAGGGUGUUUUUCAUAAAAGACCGCCUCUCCUCUCUACUGGAAAAUAAUCUGGGAUGGCAGCAUGGGGAUAAUGUGGGGUUGUGCGAUAGCCAUUUUUGUUGUUUUCAUGUUGAGAGGGGCUCUCUCCCUCCCCUGAUAGUUUGUAUCUAUGCUUUAGCCCAAACGCAAUAAUACAUGCAUCAUCUCCAGGACAUCGAAUACACACAGCAUCCAUAUUUACAUUUACAUUUAAGUCAUAUGUUCAAUGGUCACCACCACCCCUUUGCUCACACACAGUCUGCAAAGGCAAAUAUACCCACGCAUGCAAAUAAGGACACAGUAUUCGGAAACGCUAGAGCUACUCGUGCUGAACAGUUGGGAGCCAGGGCGCAUUAAACAUAGAUCAGUGGGCACGCGCGUUACGUAACAAACUACACUGCGCGCUUUGCUCUCACAGUGUAAUGAUUCUCUUCUUGCCUAAUGUUGUAAGAGAGUAAGAGAGGGAGAAGAACUGCAUAACUCCCUUGCCAUCAUGGCGCAGACAUGAAUCUAGGGUAUGAUGAUCGGGGACGCAGGGGAAUUAUCGAGUGUUCCCUGCGUCAGAGGCGCUCCCUCGAUCUCUCCCGUUCUCCCUCCCAGCCUAGCUGUGUGACAGAGCCGCAUUCUAAUCUUGAUGCUUAUUUUCUUCUGAAGUUGGAGGGCAGCGGCCGGGGCCUCUCACCCUCCCCUCGCUACGUGCGCCUCAGUCACGUUGUAGUCGCAGUUGAAUAAUAUAUUGUAGAAUCUACUAGAUCACACAUAGUGUUUUUUGAAUUGUGUAAUAACUCAUGCGUAAUCAAAUGCCAAUAGACAUAGUGCUUUAUAUCAUCAUUGGGUUGUUAUUUAAGUGCCACGGGUGAAAUUGUUGCACAAGCCUUGUAUUAGGAUAUAUAGGCUAAUAUAGUCAUAAUUCUUUCUUGACACCACAUAAUUGCAUAAAUUAACAUUUAUAACAUCAAAUAAAAUCGAAUGUUAUUGGUCACAAACACAUAUGUAGCAGCAGAUGUUAUUGCGAGUGUAGCGAAAUAUUUCUGCUUAACGUUACAUGCCUACAUUCCCACGAACUUCGAUCAGUUUAUACACUCUGAAACUUCUGACAGCUACUGUUCUUAUUUCAUAUCAAUAAACUGAUAAUUGACCAUGUCCUCAAUCAUUCUUAUUGCGCACAAACCUAUUACAUCAAUACUUAACCCAAAUAGCCAACACGAUCUGUGAUAGGCCUCUUAAUGAAUAAGUUGAUAAAUUGCCCUGGGAGAAGAGUAUACACGUAAGCGGUUAUGCAUAAAUGCAUCAUAGACAGAUGAGCGGGUUGACAGUUCCAACCGUACCCAGGGUGAGUCGGAAGAGGGCAGGAGUGUGUGUGUGUGUGUGUGAGAGAGAGAGUGUGUGGGAGGGCUUUCUCUCCCAUCUGACUGAGUCUUUCACUAUCAUUCAGCCCUGUCCACCAAUGAGCCCAUGAUCUCAUCAAAUAGGCGGAUUUGCAGGUACGCCCCAUCGGCUUGCACCGCCCCAGUGUCAGUGUGUGUAUUUUUUCCCUGCCCUUCUCUUUUUUUUGUAAGCAAAGCUUGAUGUGUAGAACGUCACACGUUGUUUCUCUCUUCACUUCGGUAACUUAGCGAUAUGGGUUAUUUACUGUUAAACUGUUACAUACGCCGGACGCACAACCGGCGCCUGGAGUGAAACAGAGCCUUCGAGAGAUACGGACUAUAAGCUACAGAGUUGAUCUCUCCAGCCUUCGAUAAGUGAGGAUAUAACAACAGGUUAAGGAAAGUGAGUUGUUAAAAAAAAAUAGAAUGGCAAAUCCCCCAAAUACUGGACGACACUUGUUAUCCAACGCGAAUAUUAACAACAACAAAAUUAAGAAAUGUGGAUACCUCAAGAAGCAGAAGCACGGACACAAGCGAUUUUUCGUUCUGAAGGAGCCGAGCGAGGGCUUCCCUGCCCGGCUGGAGUACUACGAGAGCGAGAAGAAAUGGAAAAACAAGUCGGCGGCAAAGAGAGUUAUUCCGCUGGACUGCUGCCUCAAUAUCAACAAGAGAGCGGACUCCAAACACAAACACCUUAUCGCCCUCUAUACCAAGGACGAAUAUUUUGCUGUGUCAGCAGAGAAUGAACAGGAGCAGGAGAAUUGGUACAGAGUCUUAACUGAUUUAAUGAGCGAGGGGAAAGUGUACUCAGACGGCUCCGCAUCCAAUUCCGCGUCCUCGCUGGUGGGGUUUGAUGAGGGGAACUACGGGAUGAUUACGCCGGUAACGGCUGUGUAUAAGGAGGUAUGGCAAGUUAACCUAAAAUCCAAAGGGCUGGGACAGAGCCGGAAUCUUACCGGGGUGUACAGGCUGUGCUUAUCCAGCCGGACUAUCAGCUUUGUAAAGCUCAACUCGGAUGUUGCGUCCGUCAGUUUACAGCUGAUGAACAUUAGGAGAUGCGGGCACUCUGAGAGCUUUUUCUUCAUCGAAGUCGGCCGGUCAGCAGCCACGGGACCAGGCGAGCUGUGGAUGCAGGCUGACGACUCAGUGGUGGCGCAAAACAUCCACGAGACUAUUCUGGAGGCGAUGAAAGCCAUGAAGGAGCUGUCAGAGUUCCGGCCGCGCAGCAAGAGCCAGUCAUCGGGCACUAACCCCAUUUCCGUGCCCACCCGGCGGCACCACAACAACCUUCCCCCAAGCCAGACCGGGCUCCAGCGACGGUCGCGCACUGACAGCAUGGCCAAAAAGUCCCCCAUGAGUAAAUUCACCUCCUGUCGGAUACGCACUGCCAGUGAAGGAGAUGGCACCAUGUCGCGCACCUUGCCUGUGAACGGGAGUCCCCUCAGCCCUGGUAUUCACCGGACACUAUUAGGGAGCUCAAACACCAUCACAGCCCAGCACUGCCGGACAUUUGAAUCCUCUUCCCUCCAGCACAGUAAGUCCAUGUCCAUGCCUCUGUCCCACUCCCCACCCACAGCCACCCCCAGCCCUGUCAGCCUGUCCUCUUGCUCUGAAAGCAGUGCUCCUCGCCCCUCCAGCUGCAAUGCCUCCGUCUCUGGCUCCCCCAGUGAUGGCGGCUUCAUCUCCUGUGAUGAGUAUGGCUCCAGUCCUGCAGCCCUGUACCUCACUCGCCGCAGUAACACUCCAGAGUCCCUAAGGGCAGACACCCCCCCCUCCCGGGAUAGCAGCGACUUGCAUGGCUACAUAGUGAUGGAGAGGCAGAACCAGAACUGUUUCCGCCGGUUACCAGAGCUGGACAAGGCAUACCGGAAACGCACAUACUCCCUUACCACCCCGCCCCAGCACAGGGCGCCGCCCCAGGUCUCCUCCACCUCAUUGGAUGAAUACACGCUUAUGAGGGCCACCUAUACCAGUAGCGGCCAAUCGGGUCGCAGCUCUCACACCGCCUCCCCGAAAGUUACCUAUCCUGAGGACUAUGGCGAUGUCCAGAUAGGCUCCAACGGUCACCUAGGUGACUGUGGCUACAUGCCCAUGACUCCAGGCAUUGCCCCUCAGACAGGGUGGGUCAAAGGUGAUGCUUACAUGCCCAUGAGCCCCAUGUGUGUGUCGGCCCCCAAGCAGAUCAUCAACCCCCGCUCUCACCCCUCUCCAGCUGGGCUCUGCUCCCAUACCGACUCCCCUGGAAGCGUGUCUCUGGAGGACAGCGGCUACAUGAGAAUGUUCUGCGGGGCCAAGAUGUCUGUGGACAGCUCCGACGGUAAACUCACCAAUGGGGAGUACCUCAACAUGUCCCCUGUGGACCCCGUGGUCUCCCUCACCCCCCCAGACUACAUCCUCACAGACACUACCCACCAGCUUUACCCUCACCACAGACAGCCUUACUCCAUCAGUUCCCUGCCCCGCUCUCUCAAAGCCCAGCCCCAGAGGAAGGGGACUACAGACACAGACCAGUAUGUGGUGAUGAGUCUACAGAAGAAGAGGAUAGAGGAAGAGUCCAACUACUGUCCCAUCUCCCCUGUCUGCUCCGCUACACCCCCCACCUCCACUCUCUCCUCAGCCCCCUCACCUCAGAGCCGGCACGGUCACUCAGGAGGGGGUCUGGUCCACAAGGGGAGGGUGAGUCGGCCUACCCGGCUGGCCCUGGACUCUCUGAGGACGCUGCCCUGUAUGAUCGAACACCCUCUCCCCUCUGAGCCCAGGAGUCCCGGGGAGUACAUCAACAUCGACUUUGGCAACACUACACGCUACCCGCCCAUCUCCCACGACGGCGCCUGGAGCCGAGUCCUGCGUUCCUUGUGUCCCAGCCAGCCUCCCAGAGAAGAGCAGAGGGAGAGGGAGAGGUACAGUGGGGGUCCCCCCGGUUCCUGUCGAGACCUUCUUCCUUGGGUGUCCGCCCUCUCCAUCUCCCCUGUCAACCCAGACAGGGGGGCAAAGGUGAUCCGCGACCCCCAGGGGCGCAGGCGCCACAGCUCAGAGACUUUCUCCUCCACCACCAUGGUAACGCCAGUGUGCCCGUCAUUCGCCCCCGAUGCCAACAAGCGCACAGCUCGGCAUCAGUGGAGACGUGUCGCGGUCGGUCCGGAGCUCGGAGGUUCAGAUGAAGAGUACGGGAACCAACAGCCCCAUGCUCGGGAGACGUCGGCAGGCUACCAGAAUGGACUCAACUACAUUGCCUUAAACCUGAUGGAGGGGCCUGGGGGGCUGCAGCACUCUGGGGGCAGUGAGGGACUGCUGAGGUUCAAGGCAGCGUGCGGAUGCAAGGGGGGCAUGAACGGUUUUACACCAGCCCCUAUGCACCAUGGGCUUCAAGGAAUGCAACAGCAGUGAAAGACUGAACACUGAUGGCACCGCCCCCUCUUACACCCCCUGUUCCUCGCUCCCUCUCUCUUGUUCGCCUGGCUGUGAAUGAGGGAUAAAGCUGCAGCCUAGUGACGAAGUCGCCACGCAGACAGCUGGACCAUGUGCUGCAGUAGACAACCUUUAACCUCCACCAUCCUCUCCCCAGGGGUCAACGGGACCACCAUCGUCACGGCAAUGUGGACAUCCCCCCUUCCAAGCCUC